GGAAUGACCUAGAAGCUUUCAAGCGCGUGAGAUUAGGGUUUAAGGCGAAGAACGAAGAGGAGAGGAAGCGUUGCGCGCGAGCGAUUCACGCGGGGUGCUUUGGAAUGGCUGCCGACGGCGAGGCCUCGCAUUCCGUGGUUCUCUACGUCUACGACCUGAGCCAGGGCCUGGCGCGGCAGCUCUCGACUUCGCUGCUCGGGGCAGCGAUCGAGGGCAUCUGGCACACUUCGGUGGUGGUCUAUGGCACCGAGUACUACUACAGCGGUGGAAUCACGACCAGCAAUCCGGGGCGCACGCCCUACGGCCGUCCCGUGAACACGGUCGAGCUUGGAAGAACUCAAGUGCCAAAGGAGGUGUUUGAGGAUUACCUCAGGGAGAUCAGUCCCCGCUACACGGUCCAGACUUACAGCAUCCUGUCGCACAAUUGCAACAACUUUAGCAACGAGGUGGCGCAGUUUCUGCUCGGAGUGGACAUCCCGGACUACAUUUUGCGGCUGCCUCAAGACGUGAUCACCACUCCCAUGGGAUACUUGCUCCAGCCGAUGAUCCAGCAAAUGGAGACCACCCUGAGAUAUGGAGGGGUCCCGCAAGUGCCUGAACUAGCAGAGGCGACGGGGACGCCACAGCGUGUAGCGAUGGCCAGACGUGCCAAGGAAGAGUGCCUCACCACCACCAUACCCGAAGACGAAGAUCUAGAGCUCCAGAGGAUGCGCUCUUCGCGAGCAGUCAAGACGGCUAAGGUGGCUUCUCGCGGCGAUGAGGGAAGAGCUGGACGGAAGAAAGCCGCCGCCACCAAGAUGGAGGACGCGAGAGCCAAAGUCCAGGAGGAGAUCACUCGCGAGUUUACUGCGCUCAUGGCCGCGGGAGGGCUGCGAGCCAGCGAGGCGGCGGCUCUUGCCGCGCGGAGAGUGAUGGAAAGGCACGGCAUUGGUGGCAGUGGCACGGCGACGCAGUCGUGAUAGAUACGACGUACGAGAAAUUCUUUUGGGUGUGAGCGAUUCUUCUACACCCCCAUUGAUCACACAGUUCCUUGAUCGAUAACAACGACGAUGAUAUGUUUCAAGCAAUAUUGGGUUUUGCCGUGA